AUGGUUCAGUUGGAACCCAUUCUUGAACCAGUGAACCACUCGGCAAGCAAUGACAAUGCUCACUUCCUUGCUUCGGCUCAGGACGGUGUCAGUGCUUCUGAGGAUCUCUACAGUCGUCAGUGGUUCGGUGGUAGCACCGCGGACGCCUCCAUUUCGCAUGCACAGAGCGGUGGUUUUAACGAGAAUUGGCAUCGAGCCAAUGAAACGUUGGCUCGUCUCUGUCCCUUCCCUAUUCCUCCAGUUUACCAUCUUACCAUGCUUGUUCAUAGGAAUGUAACUACAGCCACUGAUCCAGAUCAGAGUCUGCCUGGCUACCGACCCAUUUUGGCUAGCUGUACAACUUAUGAGCAGCACGGAAACUUUCCACCCCUUGGAUCCACACCUGUGUCGGAGGAACGUCGGGAUUUCUAUGGCGAUGCUGCAUUUGUGGGUUUUGGCGAUGAUCUCGGUCGUGGAGACUAUCGCCCACUGAGAGGAGGCUUUUAUCCUACUGCUGCAGCAGACGAUGCCUAUGUUUAUGCAGCGCAGAGAAGUCGAUCAAUGGCCGUAGAAGCACCGAGCAUUUCUUGUCUGGAACCGUCAAAAUUACCCGCUGUGUUUGGGCCGGAAUGGAAUGACGAACUAGCUGCACCGCAGACGGCAUUCUAUGAGGAGAAAAUCCAGUGUGCUCAGCUAAAGGAGGCGUGUCGAGCAUGUUUGGUGAGCUGUGCGGAGGAAAUAAAGAGCAGUUCACUCUCUUGCAAACCGACCGCAGGACCGGCGGAUAACGGACGCUCAGGUCGGUUAGAGACGUGUUUUGACUGCUGUGCAAAAGACAAUUGUACGUACAUCUGCGGAAAGUAUUCAGCGCAUCGAUGUCUCAUGCGCCUGUGCAGCCGCGGAACACGACUAGAUUUCCGUCUUACGCCCGAAUGGCCCAAGGAGAACCCUUUCAUCUGUCACGUUCAACCAGCAUCUAGUCGUCCAAUCUACCGCCUUCGUUGGUCCCUAUUGCACAACGGGCAUCCACCAACAAAACAAACUUUCUCAGCCAGUUUGUCAUUAAACCAACCUAUCAGUGGGCCGCAAGGCGAGUCAAUGUGGAGUGGAGGUAGUCAACCUUCAGCUGGAGCGGCGGACAACGUCGUGAAGCGUCUUCCGGAUGGGACGUUGAAUCAACUUUUUCGGGGCCUGUUGAACGUGGACUAUACUCUCGGCCUCUCACAUAUUCCGGACAUUAUCAGCGGCUCUGCUAAUACCCAGGCUGCUUAUUAUUGGAGCACACAAGCAAGCUUCAUUCAUUUUGCCUUUUUUUACUGCAAUGAAACAAUUCCCCUUCUGCAAAACACUAUGGCAAGCACUUUUGGAGGUGGCGCUGGUAGCCCUGGUGGUGGAGUAGGAGGAGGCGGGGGCUACACGGGAACGAGUGGAAACUAUCCCUUUCUCCCGCCAUUUGGAUCCUCCCAAAGUGAUUCAAUUAGUGGCGCAACUGCCCCCAGUCUCUUAGUCUGGCCAUCGAAACCCUUUGAGGUGAAUACAGACCUCUGGCGUCGCCUUUCUGGGGCACCGUGUGCAUCAGCAGAUCAUUUGCUGGAAAAGCUGAACAUCUACACACCUGCACUGGCGCCUUACAUCGGCAUGACUGACGUGCAAGUAAGCCAAAAGGAGUGGCAUUUUGUCUUCCAGAGUCUUACAAAACGUGCCAAUAGGGAAGGACUUUUCGAUGAGUUGUGA